UCAAGCAAUUGUCAAAAUGGCGAAUCGAACUGUAAAGGACGCGAAAUCUAUUCGCGGUACAAAUCCUCAAUAUUUAAUAGAAAAAAUCAUCAGAUCUCGCAUAUACGAUUCGAAAUAUUGGAAAGAAGAAUGUUUCGCUUUAACUGCCGAAUUAUUAGUGGACAAAGCUAUGGAAAUACGGUACGUCGGCGGUGUUCAUGGAGGAUUUAUUUACCCUACACCGUUUUUGUGUCUAGUUUUGAAAAUGUUACAAAUACAACCUGAAAAAGACAUUGUUGUAGAAUUUAUAAAGAAUGAAGAGUUCAAAUACGUCCGUGCGCUAGGAGCAUUUUAUAUGAGACUCACAGGAUCGUCUCUAGAUUGUUACAAAUAUUUGGAACCUCUUUACAACGAUAAUCGAAAAUUGAGGCGACAAAAUCGCGAAGGGCAGUUUGAAAUUGUGCACAUGGACGAGUUUAUAGACGAGCUUCUACGUGAGGAACGUUUGUGCGACGUUAUUUUACCAAGAAUCCAAAAAAGGCAUAUUCUUGAAGAGAAUAAUGAGUUGGAACCAAAAGUAUCUGCACUGGAAGAUGACUUGGAUGAUGAUAUGCCUUCAGAUGAGGAUAAUGCAGAUACCGAAGCCAAAGAAAAUAAAAGGGAUAAAGAUAGACGAGACAGAGAUAGAAAGAGGGACAGAUCACGAGACCGUGAGCGACGAGAAAAAGAUCGCAAAAGGGAACGAUCCAGAAGCAGAGAACGUGAAAGAAGAAGAGAAAGGGAGCGUGAGCGAGAGAGGGAACGGGAUAGAGAGCGAUUACGUGAGAGAGAAAAGGAAAGAAGAGAGCGCCAUGAAGUUGAUAGGCGGAGGGACAGAGGGCGCUAUUAAAAUAAGAAAUAAAUCAUUUUUAAACUGU